AAAGCAUCGAUGCCUUAUCGUUGAGAGUAUCGGUAACGCCCGAAUCGUAUUAAUUUAAGAAUUGUAUCGAAUUCAUUUAAGAAUAUCAAAUGGAACACUUCAAGUAACGUUACCAGCGUUAACCGGUUUUGCGAUGUGGCCGCCGACGAUCGACUCGGGUCAUUGUAUCCAGCCCCCCACCCCCUCCGCACGCAAUUAUAGCGACUCGCGUCAGUCACACAUCGCACAUCACGGAGCGUCAACUACGUAAUAUUUUUAUUAUCGUUGUUAAGAAAUGGGAAGAAAGAAGAGGAAUCGUGUUUACGAAUAUUAUGAAUACGACGAAGUUUCCAAAACAUCUAAGUGUUUGAUUGAUGGUUGCACAGCAUUAUUGAAGGGCCAGCAUGGCGCAAAUUUGUUACGACACUUCUAUUUUCGACACAAAAAGCUAUACAAAAGCAUCAGAGAGAGCAACAGGGAGAAUGCGAAGAAACUUAAAAACACUAAUAGCAGCAAAGAGAAAUUGUAUGGCACUUUAAUAGAACUAAACACUUUGUAUGAGGGCUUAUUUGAUGAUGCGGCUUUCAGAAACAUACUCGAUAUGAUACCGGCGGCCAGAAAUUCGAUGGAUGAAAUUAAGGAUUUGGUCAACGGAAACACUGUUGUGCAGGGCCCAUCGCCGACGAUGUCUCAAGAAAACAACAGAUUCUCUCCGGAGCCUGAAGACAUGUCGACCUUAAACGACCACGAGAGACCAGAGGAUGGAACCCACGACCCCGAUGACACGAUGUCGAUAAAUAAUUUCGGCAAUCAGGAGCUCCCAGUACACUUUGAUAGUGUGGAGUCAUGUCAUGUGAAAAGCAAAAGAGACCCUCUAGACGACAAGGCCAGUGACUCCCACAGCACCCUAGACUCCAGCGAGUCUGAGGACUGCGCACCGCCGGUACAGAAAGAGAUCUUGACGCAGAGGUCCAGAGGGAUGGUGCGCCGGCGCAGCGACGUAGUGCGUAAGAACAUCGCCAUUGCGGAGUACUACGAGACGAAGAAGAUGAAAGUCCUUUUGGAGAUCAAGAAACUACAACUCGAGAUCGGUGAGAGCACAAAUAUGCGGACGAAAAGGACAAGGGCGAACAACAUCGACAUAGCAGACAUCAAAAUGGAAGUUUAUGACUGAUUGUGAAACAAAAUGGCAGAUUUUAAAAUUGAAAUUACAAUUUCUACUUUUAAACUUACGCGUUAUAUAAUUAUAAUUGAUACCUUUAAUCCCUGUUCUUUAGUAUAUAAAUUACAAUUUAACUGAAUAAAGUCACAAUUCUCAAUUUUUGUUGUCGAAAAAUUCUGUAAAAUAUUUUACACAAUUUUAAACUGUAAUAAUUUUUCAAUGCUUUUUCCUUUUUGGUGGCAAGGUGAAGCGUGUAGACGAAGGACGUAUGUUCCAGCAAACGUGACUUUGAUGGAUGGAAGCAGCGUCGCAUAGGUACGGCCAACGGCCUGUAUUCAGUUCGUCCGUUUCAGCCUCCGAGCUGGCUGGGUGCGGUGCAUCUGUUCAUGUUCCUUUCCCCGUGUAACGGAAUAUCAAAUGAUGUCAAAGAAAUAUACCUACGUGUAUGCCAAAGUAAUAUAGCGAUAAAUAAUUAAUAUUUACUGUGAUUAAAAUAUAUUUUUGUAAACAAA